CCUUAUUAAAAAAAAAAAACCAAUGACAGCAAUAAUAGACCGAGAGGAGGAAAAAAAGAAAGAGAAGACGACGAUAAACUCUCAUCAAAUCGAGGUCGGUUGUAGCCACUCCGGUGUUCCAAUUUCGGAUUUAAUUAGUUUCGUUUCUGUUUAGCGAUUUUCUUCAAUAUCUCGAGGGUUUUAGCAAUUCAUGCCAUGGAAGAGAGGUUGAGUUCAUCAACAACAAUCCACUCUUCCAAUAUAGGGUUUCAGCUAUUGAAGAAGCAGGGUUGGAAAGAAGGCACUGGGCUUGGAAUCUCUGAGCAGGGUAGAUUAGAACCUGUGGAAACUCAUGUGAAGAAUAAUAAGCGAGGUUUGGGAGCAGAUAAAGUGAAGAAAAAGAUAGUGAAACCUGAUCGUGGUGCUGAUUCCUCUAAAGGAGACAAUAAGCUGGAAGAUUUGUCUAAAAAGAAAACCAAAGCACUUUCUAAACGGAUGAGAAAGAUGCAGGAGUUAGAAAAGAAGAUGCAGGAGAAGGAAUUUGAGCGCGCUUUCUUUAGAGAGUUCUGGCCUGACAAUGUAUGAGAAUUGGUGAUGGGUUCAUAUUAUAAUGCAUCACUGGUGAAUUCCGAGUCUGUGCAAGUUGGAUCUCAAAGAUGUUUUCCUCAUGGAAGAUUUCUGCAAAUUGAAGGAAUUUCUGGCACCUUUUUUCAUGUGUAAAUAAUCAACUCUUGUUCUCUUUUCAAUUCUUUUGUACAAUAGAGAAAUAUGCAAAUGCUGUGGGAAUGUGAUGAGAGGACAUGUCCCUCCCGGUUUAAACAAAAGAAGAUGUUUUCACAUGUAUUUUCUUUAUAAAGGAAAGUAAUGGGUUCAAUUCUAA